AGUUUCUGUGGCCUGUUGAACGCGGGCGGGGGGAGGUGGCUUCUUCCGGCCGGUGGUGGGGUAGCUGCGUAGGUCGAAGGACACAGCCCGCGGAAUUGGUGUCUUUUGCAAGCCGGAAGGCCUUUCCUAGGAGGUAGCCAGAACAGAGAGAGCUGUAAACUCCUUGAAGUGCAAGAGGCUGCUUCUGGUCCCCGAGUGGCUCUCGACCUUGCCUCCUUUUACCUCGUGAUCUCACCAUUCCAGAUUGAAAUCAUGGCAGGACCAGAAACUGAUGCCCAAUUCCAAUUCACUGGUAUCAAAAAAUAUUUCAACUCUUACACUCUCACAGGUAGAAUGAAUUGUGUACUGGCCACAUAUGGAGGCAUCGCUUUGAUGGUCUUGUACUUCAAGUUAAGGUCUAAAAAAACACCAGCUGUGAAAGCAACAUAAACAGAUUUUAAAGUGUACCUCAUCUAUUAAGUUCCCAUGCCUGGAGAAGCUAAUGUCAACUCAUCAUGUGAUACUCAAUUUGUACAAUAAAUUAUGAACCUGGAAAA